AGCGCAUUCAUACAUAUCCAAUAGAAGAUACCAGAAGCAAUUCAUUUUGUGAAUUAAACUGUUUAAGUGCCGCCGCAUUCACCUUUCACACACACUCUCCGUCUCUCACACUAAAUCAAAAUGGAACCUUCAAAGCUCAAAGAAUUGAAGUUUUUCAUCGAACAAUGCAAAUCCAAUCCUGAGACUCUCGCCGAUCCUUCACUCUCUUUCUUCCGCGAUUACCUUGAAAGUCUCGGAGCCAAUCUUCCCCAAUCUGCUUACUCCAAAUCGAACCCUGUGGAGAGUGACGAUGAUAUUGAGGAUGUUGAGGAAGAAAAAGUUAAGGUGGAGGAAGUAGUGGAAGAUGAAAUUAUUGAAUCUGAUGUUGAACUUGAGGGUGAAACUGUUGAACCUGAUGAUGAUCCUCCACAAAAGAUGGGAGAUUCUUCUAUUGAGGUUACUGAGGAGAAUCGCGAGUCUUCGCAGUUGGCUAAAGCUAAAGCCAUGGAAGCCAUUGGAGAAGGUAAGUUGGAGGAGGCAAUUGAAAACUUGACAGAGGCAAUUAUACUAAAUCCUACCUCUGCCAUAAUGUAUGCAAACAGAGCCAGUGUUUACAUUAAAAUGAAGAAACCCAAUGCAGCAAUCCGUGAUGCAAAUGCUGCUUUAGAGAUUAAUCCCGAUUCUGCUAAAGGAUACAAGUCACGUGGCAUAGCACGAGCAAUGCUAGGUCAGUGGCAAGAAGCCGCUAAGGAUCUCCACGUGGCUUCAAAUAUAGACUAUGAUGAGGAAAUAAGUGCUGUGCUUAAGAAGGUUGAACCAAAUGCCCACAAGAUUGAGGAACACCGUCGGAAGUAUGAUAGGUUGCGCAAGGAAAGAGAAGAUAAAAGAGCUGAGCGUGAGAGGCAACGACGCCGUGCUGAAGCUCAGGCUGAAUAUGAGAAGGCUAAAAAGAAAGAACAAUCGUCUUCCAGUAGAAAUUCUGGAGGCAUGCCAGGCGGGUUUCCUGCGGGCAUGGGUGGGUUUUCUGGUGGCAUGCCGGGUAUGCCUGGUGGGUUUCCUGGUGGCAUGCCGGGUGGCUUCCCUGGGGCUGGUGGCAUGCCAGGUGGCUUCCCUGGAGCUGGUGGCAUGCCAGGUGGCUUCCCUGGAGCUGGUGGCGCACCAGGUGGCUUCCCUGGGGCUGGAGGCGCGCCAGGAGGAGUACCUGGAAAUGUUGAUUUUAGCCAAAUCUUGAAUGACCCUGAUCUGAUGUCGGCAUUUGGUGAUCCGGAGGUCAUGGCUGCUCUUCAAGAUGUUAUGAAGAACCCUGCUAAUUUGGCUAAGCAUCAAUCAAAUCCUAAGGUGGCCCCUGUAAUUGCGAAAAUGAUGAGCAAGUUUGGAGGUGGAGGUGCCCAGUGAACAAAUCUACAUGUUUGAGAUUUCAGCAUCCCAUCCCAGGGCUCUCUGCCUUUGAGUAUUUAAUGUUUAAUGUUGAUGAUGUUACAAAGUUCGUUGUAAUGGUAUAUUAUGAAACCUUUUCAGUUGGCUAGGCCUGUUUGUAGUUGCUUAUUUAUCAUGUUCUUGUUUACUUAUCAGCAACACAAUGUUCUCCUGAUUUUAAAAGUUGUAGUACUGAGAUUUAAUGGGAAAAUUUGUUUUUUUUUUCCUUCUAAA